UGUUGAUUCGAAAUGCGACUACAAAUAACAAUCACACAUUUGUUGCGCAUCUUUCCUUUUACGAAGGCCCAAAAAUCAAUCCACCCACUUUCUGUACACCUCCUAAUCCCAUCUUCACAAAGAUCAAAUCUACUAAUUCCGAAAUCAUAAUAACAAAAUACAGUUUACCUGUAACAAAAAAAUAGAAGUGUAGAAAAAAAUGGUGGUCCUGUGUAUUUGCCCAACUCUUCCUUCUGAAAACUACAAGUGCGCAUUGCUCACCGUGGAAUUAAUAUCCAGAUUGGUCAGUCAACAAUAACUGAAUCCUUUAAAUGAAAAACUGUUGUCUAUACUACAGUUUACAGCCAGUAUGUUUAUCUCUAAGAAAGUACAAUGUAUCAAUGUGAAAGAGGUCAGAAUGCUGGGAUGGUGUUUAGGAGGAGGAGAAGAGAAAGUACAGGGUUUUUGUUGAGAGCAAAUUUCAUUAAGUUUUCUGUUAGGUUUGUAAAAAAUGGCCUCUGGGAUUCAGUCUUCAGCAGUUCCUGUGCCUGCUGGCAUUAUUUAUCCAAGCAUUAGAAAUAAUAACUAUUGUUUUAGGCUGCAAGGAUGCUGUCUUUCUACAUCUUCAAGAAGUUGCCAUUCAGUUGUUUCGUUACCAUCAUCGACUCCGCGUCUGUCGACAAGGUCAAUGGCUGGGGCCUUUGCUUCUUCUCAACUACAAUGGAGUAACAGCACAGAGUCAAGUAGAGUCAUAUCUAGUUUAUGCCUUGACAGCCAUGUCGUGAAUGGACAUUCUGGUUUACGCAUGGAGAGUACGGGAGAAUGCAGAAGGGUUCUGUCUAGACAGCUUAAUAUGGCACCUUAUUCCAAUGUGGCAGGAUAUUUCCGGAGCCACCAGAGAAGUAAGCAUUCUAUAAAAUCAAUCUUGGCAUCACUUGCUUCGUCCAGCAGACAGGAUCCCUUCUUGGAUUUGCAUCCUGAAGUUUCAAUUCUUAGGGGGGACGGACGAAAUCCAGUUGGCCCCUCAAAGAAACAGAAUACAAAUAAUGUGCCUUUUCCAUUGGAGGAUUCUUCUCCACCCGUCAAUAAUAAUGCAGCCAAAAUCAAGGUGAUAGGAGUUGGUGGGGGUGGUUCUAAUGCUGUGAAUAGGAUGAUUGAGAGUGAACUCAAGGGUGUGGAGUUUUGGAUUGUCAACACUGAUGUACAGGCCUUGAGAAUGUCACCUGUGUAUUCCGAUAAUCGUUUGCAGAUUGGAAAAGAACUGACAAGAGGACUUGGUGCAGGGGGAAACCCUGAGAUUGGAAUGAAUGCUGCCAAAGAGAGUCAGAGUGCAGUUGAGGAAGCUGUUUCUGAGGCAGAUAUGGUCUUCGUGACGGCAGGUAUGGGUGGUGGUACUGGUACUGGAGGUGCACCUGUAAUUGCAGGAAUAGCAAAGUCUCUUGGCAUAUUGACUGUCGGAAUUGUCACCACUCCUUUUUCUUUUGAAGGUCGUAGGCGAGCUGUACAAGCACAAGAAGGAAUUGCUGCCUUGAGAAAUAAUGUUGAUACUUUGAUUGUAAUUCCAAAUGAUAAGUUAUUAACAGCAGUUUCACAAUCUACACCAGUCACAGAAGCUUUUAAUUUGGCUGAUGAUAUUCUUCGGCAAGGAGUUCGUGGAAUCUCUGACAUAAUCACGGUUCCUGGGUUGGUUAAUGUUGACUUUGCUGAUGUUAGAGCUGUUAUGGCAAACGCUGGGUCCUCUUUGAUGGGAAUAGGCAUUGCAACUGGGAAGACAAGGGCUAGAGAUGCUGCUCUUAAUGCUAUUCAGUCACCCUUACUAGAUAUUGGUAUUGAGCGAGCAACUGGUAUUGUGUGGAAUAUCACUGGAGGAAGUGAUUUGACAUUGUUUGAGGUAAAUGCUGCUGCUGAGGUGAUAUAUGACCUUGUGGAUCCUAAUGCAAAUCUAAUAUUUGGAGCUGUUAUAGACGAAUCACUCAGUGGACAAGUAAGUAUAACAUUAAUUGCAACGGGAUUCAAAGGCCAGGAUGAAGUAGAAGGAAAAGCUGCACAGGGUACACGACAGUUUUCAUAUGGAGAUGCUAACCAAGGGUCUUCUCGUCGUUCCUCAGUAGCAACUGAUGGUGCAACUGUUGAAAUACCUGAAUUCCUGAAGAGAAAAGGCCGUACACGGUAUCCAAGAGCUUUAUAACCUGGACAUUGUUCCCUCUUAGCUUCUGUACUUCUUUUUAUUCCUGCUUUGUUGUAAUUGGACUUACAGUGAGAUUUAAAUUUUGUUCUAUUUUCUAUUUAUUCUGUUUGAAAAGGCUGCUGCUAAUAUGUUCUAUUACACAUGGAAUCUUGUGUAGAAUAAUUUCCCCCUGUUCCUUCGGCUUCUGUAGCUUGUUAAAAAAGUGGUAAUAAAUAAAUCAUACCCCACAUUGUAAUUGUUACUCCAUGCAUAAGUUAUUCAUAUACUAGGUUUGAUCAAUCA